CAAGGAGAAGACCACCUCAGGAGAAUUUUCUCGCUCCGUUGUUCCCCAAACUCGCGAUUUCAAGCAAGCUAACUACCACGGCGAUUUUUUUCUGUCAGGGGGAUCCAAUGCCUCCCGGUCCGUCGAAGCCGGGGUGAGCGACUGACACAACCGAUCCGGCGAUCCAGCAGACUCCAAGAGCUCYAAGAAUCCAAUUCGCACGCACAGCAACACACACAKUACCGAACCGAACGAUACCCACACCAUGGCUGUCUCGAUGAAAUCCUCUCCCGCGGUCCUUCUCGCUUCCGCACUCCUCCUGUGCCUCCUCGCGGCCCGCGGCACCGAGGGAUUCGCCACCGGCCCGGUCGCCGGCACCCGCGGCACCGCCAGCCAAACGCGGCUCUCCGCGGAACAGCCCGGUGGCAACAACAACAACAAGGGCAACCCGGUCUUUGGCGCCAUUUCCAACUUUUUUGCCGAGCUCGACGCCUUUGUCGACGACGCCACGGCCCGCCGGCUGGGAAACGGGGCCGCCUACUACGGGAAGCGAAAAUCGAGCUUCUACGGGAAGGACGACGCCAUGAAAAAGCAGGACCGGGACGUGGCCGAUUCCGAGGAGGACUACAUGGUCAACAGCGGCGGGAACUACAAGUGGAUCACCGACGAAAACGGACAGCUGAGGCCCGUCUCCCGCAUGAAGAACAAGAGCCUCGAGAAGCCCCUCGAGUUCUGGGGCCGCAAGGAUAAGAACGAGGAAUAGGCAAGCACGCGUGCGAUCCAACAAAGAAACAAGCCAACGAGGACACCGCUGGAGAUCCUUGGACGACACGAAGCGGAACAGCGAAGAAAGACAAACGGAAACCCCAUCGAACGUGGGAUUCAAACUGAAGAGCGAGGGAAUGUCGGCGUCGKUGUAGAUCGACCACCGGGAUGGUUGGUCGUUUCGUCCGCCCRAACGAUUGGACCGACUGCACACAAUAUACAUCGAUAAUUACGGUAUGUAAAUUAUAGUAUAGAUUAUACUCCGUCAAAC